AGAGCACCGUCUUCGCACAAUCCGCGUCAAGCAGGCUUAGUUUCGAGCAACGAGCUACGGCAGAUCGCAAGACCUACUCGUCGGUUGCAACCACCGACUACGGGCAGUUAGGCCAGGGGUGGCACUUCUUGCUCGGACUCGUACAAAAACAAGAACAAGGUACCCAACUCAACCAAAAACCCUUACAAAGAGAGGAAGGUGCGUCCCGGAGCCCAUACAGUCGAUCGUCCUCGCCUCGUUUCGCUCGACGGAAGGGAGAACCACAAACCGACUGCCGAUGAGUGGCGGAUCGACUGAAACAAGACUCAACGAGGCCUCAACAGAUGCCGAAUGGCACUCGAAAAAAAACGAAGCUCUAGCGUCCGGCGGCAAUCCGACAGGCGCUCGUCCUCGCUCACCUCGUCGUCAUUCCUCUCGCUUCGAGAGCCGAACCCUAGGCUCGACCGUGCAACCGUGUACACAAUCGAAAUCAGCAUGGGAAAAAAAUAACAAACAAACACCUCAUGGCCCCGCACUGCACUGCACGGCUCUGCGGCACUGGAUCACGAAUCGGUCGAGACACGAGGGAGUACGAGAGCGAGGGGGAGGCCGGACGAGCUGGCCGUGCGCCUCUAACCGCUUCGACUGUCCGUGCAGCAGCGGCAGCGGCAUCGCGUAUUUCUACCCGCGCCAACCUCCGACUGUGCCUCGAGCGGGAGGCGGCCCCCGCGCCCCUGCCCACCCGCCCGCGCGCUGGGGUUUUGUACGUUGAGGGGCGCCUCGUAGCAACGUCUUCGCAUCGUGUGCCCCACCAUUUCUGCCCAGCAGGAAUAUUGCAUUGGAGCUGUCCGUCUCGGACUCAGGCGCCUGCGUCAGCAAUCUUGGAGCCUAGGCUGUCUCGACCCCGCGCCCGCUCGAUCAUGAUACGAAAAUCGCCGUCUGUGCAUGGGCGGCCGAUCGGAAGAACGUCGUCGUCCUCGUCGUGGGACAAUGCGCCGGAGCUUUGUCCUUCGAGCUGGACGAGUCCUUCGGAGCAUUAGGUUUUCUCCUUAGCUCCUUUCUCCCAGUGCCGUCUGUUCUCCUGCGUGCCCGAUCGCAUCGCAUGCAGUUCUCUGUAGCGUGCGCGAGAGUGGAAUUUCCCGAUUGGCCUAUUCCGAUUGGCCUGCACGCAGACUUUCGUACGGGCUCGGGCUCGGGAUGGGUCGCUUCGAUCGAUCGAUCAAUCGUCGGUCCUCGGUCCUCGGGGACCACGAGCGAUCCGCGAGCAGUCGAUGAAUGAGGUGAUUGAGGCGAAUGUUGAUGCAGAGCUUCUCGAAUGUGGACGACUGUGUCCGAAUUAUAAUUUUCGCCCUUUGGAGCUCGUUUCGGGCUAGGUUUUUUUCUCUGGCCCCGCCGAGUCUCGACCCGCUUGCUUAAAAAAACAUGAUUUCUGUUGCUCCUGCUUUUUCCCGACGAGAUGAAGCGAUUAUUUUACUCGAUGUGUUCUUGUCCCGGGUCUUCGAUAUCUGUAGCUCUUGCUUUUUUGCGACGAGAUGAAGCGAUUAGUUUAUUCGGAGUGUUCUUGUCCCGGGUCUUCGGCUUCGCUCAUGCUCUCUUACCGAGAGCUUUGAGCUCGCACGCAUCCGAAAUGUCUGCAGCCGUUGAAGCCGUGGCUGUGCUUUAGAUCUGAAUCUUGCACCAGCUCUGAGGUGCUUGAGGUUCGAUGCUGAGAGUGAUCCUUGUACUCGGCCUUUGACUGGGGAAGAAUCUGAAUGUGCGAUCAUCACUUCACUGAAGUGAGCGGCUACUGGUUGUCGAGGUCGGACCGGUCCACGCAUCGUAAUACGGCUUCGCUCGUUCUCUCUUCCCGUUUGAGCCCAUCUCUGCGGAUCACCGUCCGACUUUUGAGUCUAGUGCCCUGCGGAGAGUAAGCUCCUCGUAAUGAAAUCUUCCUGGCAAAUAUCCCGGGGUUGAGGAUACAGAGAUCACACCUCGACGGAUUUGCGUUGGCAGAAGAACGGCAUGAACACGACUCUGUGUGUUUGAUCGGAAAAAAUUUGGCUGGGGAAUUCUCUAGGUCUCGGUCUGCAAUGCCUGGCCCGCUGUUCGUUUUGCGGACUGUCCUUCAUAUAAUUUACGUUGUACACGAGGAUGUCAAUUUUCUGGAUCCGAUGCCGCGGGAUAGCGAGACCUGAAUCACUUUUUACACAUGCGCUCGCUGCUCAAUCCGGUUGCAGGAUGUGUUCGGUAAUUGAAAGAAGUCCAGUGAAUGCCAAACUCAGUCCAGAAAUCCCUGCAAGAAUCUCUUUACUACCAUGUAAAAAAAUUCUUCUGCCUGCUCCUGGUCGGUCGGUGUUCAAAUUUUUGUUUGUGACGGAGUCUUGAGGGCUCAUCUACUCCAAUCACGGUUGUCGUGGUGGUUCUUCCACCACCACAAAUGUGUUCGCGGUAUUAGCUGGCUGCUGGAUCUCAGAUCCCAAAGCUCUAGAUCUUUCCACAUCCUAGGUGGGCACAAUGAAAGGUUCUCUUCUGAAUGUCCUUCGCGGAAAUGGUUGGCCCCGUUGGAAUAAGGUGGGCAUCCCUCUUUACUGCUAGCAGGAUGAUGACACUGACUUAUCAGAUUACUCGCUGACGGUACAUGAGCCCAGAGUUUGACCAUCUUACUCUACAAGAAUCCUCGUUGCCCAUCCUCAAGGACCGCAUACAUCUGUUGGCUGUCCUUGGUGGCGGUCAGUGAGUAGUCUUGCAGAGUUAAACCAACGACCGAAAUAGAGGGUGGCGACGAGGAAACCAGCUUCCCGAUUCCUUACACCCCCUCCGGCCUCAUCGUCAAAGAUUGUGUCCUAACGAAGGUAAUGUUUCUGAAGAUCCUAUCAGGUAGAGUGACUGAAUCAAAAGUGAGUACUAUGUGUGCGUGUCUGUUUAUAAGGCUGCGUUAACGAAACUGAGCACUAAAAGUAAAUAUUAGAGUGGAAAGUUUUGAUCGAUAUGAGCCUCUUGGCAGUUGUUUGACCAUCGUGUGUGCAUGCUUAAUCAUGUCUUCCAGGGGCAGUCCUUGAGUAAGAGGAAGUAGAACUGGGUCCUCAGAGCUUCUCCAUGAGCUUUUUUAGUGUUAGGUUUCGCAUUGCAUCUUAGACUUGCUGAGUUACAACUCUAAUUUUAUCCACCUGUGACAUUCAAGAAGAAUGAAUAUAAAGCGCUCUCUCUCUCUCUCUUUGCUCUCGGGCUCCAGACACAGGCGUUUCUUCUCACAAAUAAAAUAUUGGUUGCCGAAUCUCUAUGGCCAUUCUCGAGCCUGCAAUGAUAUCAUUUUCAUUCGAGAAUAAUGUAGAGAAUGAUUUUGAACAUCCUACUUGCUUGAGAAGAUAUGACCUCUAUGAAAAUCCGGGCAACGAAACAUAACAAAUAUUAUAUGUUUAGGGCUCAUCAAUUUUUUGUGGUGAAGCUCUGGCCUAACGAGAGAAAUACCUGUAUGCAUACAGCAAAGAGGUUUCUACAGAAAUGAGGGCUUUCCACAAGUUUUCAGGUUGACUUUUGAAGUGAAUGUUGGUCGCUUACUGGAAGCUUUCAGAGGUUUUUUAUCCCCGUGGUUGAUGACCAUAUCUGCGAGUCUGUGAAAAGCAAGCUUGUUUGCAGACUGGUUCUUUUUCAACUGGGAAAAUAUCAAGAGCGGAAAUCUAUAGCCAAGCUUUCUGGGAAGAACCACUACUAUCUUGGUCGGAAAAUGACAAGGAGCCGAUAAUAAUAUAUGAUUCUGUAGAAAAGAUCCUGCGACCGAGACUGAAGCGGACGAGCGAGAGGACGUAUUCAUCAUUCUAGGUCCCAUUGAUGCAGAGCUGGGAACAAGGAACCUGACUUCACGAACCCAAGCCCCACGGCGCAUGAAGGUUGGAGGUGUGCAGGGAGGAGCGCCAUGGAGGGUCGUUCGAAGUACGUGCUGGGACAAGUCAAGCAUCAUUGAGUGCAGUGAGUGGGAAAGUUCUGUUUUGCGGUUUCAUUUGUAUCGUUGGGCAGCUGGUAGCGGUUAAUAUUAGCACGAUGAGGUCGGUACGCUGCGUAGUGAAAGGGGCUUAUGGGGGUGGGGGAAGUCAAAGGGAGGCUGGGAUGGUGCGCUCGGUCGUCACCAUGACACAUAUCACAACUUGUGACACCAUGCUGGUAGACGGUGUCAAAAUACAAUUGACGGCGAUGGUAUCUGAAGAGACAUGACGAGGAGGGGGCGGUAGGGUUAUAGGAGGAGGGCCGUAUGUGCAGGAGAAGAUUGCCCUCGGUCACCAUGAUUCAGGAAAUGCAUCCAAUAGCUGGCAUCUACUGGCCGGCUUGAAUGGCCGUGGCUGUGUUUGUGACGAUGGCAAUCCUGAGAGGGAUUACAGAGGGAUGGGUCAAAGACUGCCAGGUGAAAAGUAGCCACAGAAGGGAUCAUCCGGAGCUCGUGCCACCAAGAUUCUCUCGAGGCAUAGUUUGGUAUCAAUAACCUCUAAUGAAGAUGCAGGAAUCCGAGCAAGCAGUUGAGCAUUCUGCAAGUAUAUGAUGAGGUCGUCAUGGAGCUCCAGGCUCAAGGGGCACGGGAGGGGGAGGUUUGCUCGAGGAAGGCUAAUUCGAACGAGAAGAUUGUAGGCUCGGGCAUUCAUCGAUGCGUGUGAAGCAAGGAAACUACUGUAUCCAGUGGGUACUUCUCACUGCACCAGGAGGAAUAUUACACUUUACGAGUAAUGAAUGACAAUGUUCGUUUCUACCCAGCCACCCAGCUAGCCUGCCUGCCUGCCUGCCUGCCUGCCUGCCUUCCUUCCUUCGUGCGGUGCGAAUGCUGCUGCUGCACCUGGAGACGUCCUGAGUGCUCACGGCGAGUAUUUUUCUACGUCUUCCAUCCAUUCCAAACACUUGGGCCAGGUAGUCGCGUUAGCUGACCCACGAAUGAUUCACCCCUCCACUUACUGAUUCACCACGAACGCUCUGCACCCUGCUGCAGCAACAACAGCUGUGCUGCUAGCUGCGCGUUUGAAUGCUGUGAUUUAGAGAAACAUGUUCCAAAGCUCACAAUUAUCAUUUGGACAAAAUAAAACAGCUUCUGCUAAGCAAGGCCCGACCGUUCGCUAGGCAGGCAGGCAGACAGACAGCUUCUCUCGCUCACUUGCAUUUUUAUAAGGUCUUCUCUAUGUUGCUGGCCGGGGUAGAUGGACAAAUUUUGAAUAGAUGGUGAUGAUGAUUCUGGACCCGGGUUCAAAAGUUUCGCAUUUCUCAUCCG